AGCACCUGGAGGCUGAGGUGUGUUGGGGCUUUUCCUGAGAGCACAUUUUAGGGCAGCUUACUGCCACGCCGUUCCCCAUCCUUCCCAGGACAGUAAGUGAACUCCUUUCCAGCUGCAGCCCAGGGCAGCCUUCGCUACAGGGAAGCAAAGCAGAAGUAACUUGGGCGGCUGCUGCUUCCCGUGGCACCACUGGCCCCAUCCUGCUCAGGAAGCCGCUCGGAAGGAGCCUUGCAGCACUCAGGAGCCUGCUGCUGGUAUCUGCCUGCCCCGAGCGCAGUGAUCAGGGCGGGAGGCGCUCACUAAACUCAACUUCAGCAGGACAGGGCUGCGAAUGUGCAAACAGCAACUGGGAGGCACCUGCGGUCACUGUGGCCUCACGGGGCUGGAGGCAGGGGAGGAUCAGGCGCAGGAGAGCUGAGCACUUGCAGAGCUUUUGGCACCUACGGUGGGGACUUGGCAGCAGCUAGAGGAAGCAGCCACUGGGCAAGGAAGCGUUUCAGUCGGGAGCUGGCCGGCUGUUUGCCAUGAGGGUGGCUGUUCUCCUCCUCCUGGGGCUGGUGCUGUUGGAGGCGGAGGGCAGGUGUUUCUUCAAUCGCACUCAGGAGUACUGUGUGUGCUACAGGCUGUCCCAGGACAAUGCAGGGAGCAUCAUCCAGUGCCUCGCGGCCUCUGUUGUGGAGUUUCAGGGAGGAGAGCUGGAGAGGUAUGUUGACUUCCCCAUCAGAGACCUGGAUCCCUCCACCAUUGACAUGCUCAGCACACUUGAAAUCAGGAAAAUCAUUUUUGGUGACCUCCUGGUGCCCGAGGUCCUCCUCGCCCGUGUCUUAAAGUUCUUCUCCUACACCCGGGUGCAGGAGAUGGCAUUUGAGAGCUGCAGUUUCCUGGGGAGGAGCAGCUGGGAUGAAAUGGCUGGCCAGAACUUGCCCAUAUUGUCCCUGCAUUUCCACAACGUGACAUCUGCCCCGCUGACGGGCCGCCAGCAGGACUUCUCUCAACUGAGCAGCUGGCUGGGGACCCUGCAGGAGCUGUCUGUCACCAGCUCCCACGUCACCAGCCUGCCCUGUGGCAUCGGAAAGGUGUUCAGAGCUCUGCGCUCCCUGGACAUGGCACAGAACAGCCUUGGGGAUGGGAGCUUGAUGCCUGCCUUCUGUGAGGGGGCCUUCCCGCAGCUCCAGGUCCUGAUUCUGCAAGAAAACAACCUGACAUCCUACCACGGUGUGUGCAAAAGCGUGCAGCUGCUGCACGAGCUCCAGCACUUAGAUCUCAGCCAGAACAACCUUGUGGCCAGCCCGUCCUCCUCUUGCCAGUGGCCGGCGUCCCUCCGAAUUUUUAACUUGUCCAACACUGGCUUGGACAAAGUCCUCACACCUCUGCCUCCUGGUCUAGAAGUGUUGGACUUGAGCUCCAACCACCUCCAUGCUGUCGACAUCUCCCUCCCCUCCCUGAAGACUCUCCUCCUGAGCCAAAACCUGCUGCUGGCCGCCCCCUCCAUCAGGAAUUACCCCACGUUGCGCUCCCUCCACCUUGACAACAACUUGAUUACGGAGUGGCCGUGGGACGAGGUGAAGCUCUUGGGGAACCUGCAGGACGUGUCUGCGGCUGGGAACCCCUACAACUGCACCUGCGCCGGGGCUGGGGCCCUCCAGGCGCUGGCAGCCACGGGGUGCCUCAGGCAGGGCUGGCCCCAGGACUACACGUGCCAGUCGCCCCCUCACUACCAGGGCAUGCUGGUGAGAGACGUGCCUGCCUCGGUGCUGCAGUGCAACAGAGCUGCGGUGCUUGCUCCCGUCUGCACGGCCCUCGCCCUGCUCUGCGUGGCCGGGGCUGGCUGGCUGGCCAUGGCACGGAGGAGACGCGCGGCGGUCCCCACCUCUGCUCAGCCCCAGGGGCUGCACGGCCAGGAGCUCGGCGAGAAGGCUCACAGGAGCCCGAUGUGCUCGUGAGGGGCUCUCCCCCCAUCCAGGCUCCCAGUGGGACAGGACUGUCCUCAGCGGUGUCCCACAGUGUCGGUGGCUUUUCCCAUCUGAGUCUGGGAAACCCUCGAGGAUGGGGAGACCCCCCCCCCCCCUUGCUGUGCUCUGUCCCUGGAAAGAUUUUCCUUACAUCCAACCUCAGCACCCCCAGUCCCAGAUUACACCCAUUGCCCCUCUGGUAUUGUCAGCCCUGAUCAAGAGGAGUUUGGGUCCAGCGUGUUUGCACCUCUGCAGGCUGCUCAAAGACC